CGCACAGAAAAAACCUCUAAACACAGUGGUGCUUCAGUGUGGUGUCUGGGACGUCCUGCUGCUUCACAACCUGAUGAUCUGAGACUGGUGGGUGGGAACAGUUGGAGCAGUGGAGGUGUUUUAUAAUGGAGAGUGGAGGAGAAUGAAUGGAGAUGGAUGGACCAGGAGCGAUGCUGCUGUGGUGACUGUGGCUCUGCUGUUACAGCUACACAGAGACAGUCUGAGAGAGAGGAACAUGUUUUUUUGUUGGCUGUAAAGGAUCCGAGUCUGCGCUGAGUGAAUGCAGUUUUAUGGGAUUUAUUGGAUCCUUCGGCACGUUCAGUCCUUCCAGAUCCCGAUGAUGUGAGACUGGUGAAUGGAAGCCGUUGCUGUGCUGGAACAGUGGAGGUGUUUCGUGGUGGGGAGUGGAGGAGAGUGGAUGCAGAUGAAUGGUCUAUGAAACGGGCUGAUAUAGUGUGCAGACAGUUGGACUGUGGCUCUGCGGUUACAACUACUCUAAGAGGGUCUGGGAGCGAUGAGAUGGAAUGGGUUGUUUCGAUUAAAUGUAAUGGAUGUGAGUCUGCACUGAGGGACUGCACAAUUUGGGAUGAAUUUCAAAGCCAAGUCUAUCUUAUAUGCUCAGACUCUGUGAGGCUUGUGGAUGGAGUUGGACGCUACUCUGGGAGAGUGGAGGUGAAGUCCCAUCAGUCCUGGACCACAGUAUGUGAGGCUGAUUUUGACUGGAAGGAUGCAGAGGUAGUCUGUAGAGAGCUGGGCUGUGAUACUCCACUAACUCUACAGGGGGCGCUCUAUGGAGAAGGGAAACUCCCAUUUGGGACCAAAAAGUUCCAGUGUAAAGGCACAGAGAACCAUCUCCUUAACUGUAACACUUCAGACAGAGAGGAGAACACCUGCACACGUGGCAAAGCUGUGGAACUCACCUGUUCAGAACCUGAUGACGUGAGACUGGUGGAUAGGAGCAGUCGCUGUGCUGGGACAGUGGAGAUAUUUUACAGUGGAAAGUGGAGGAAAGUAAUAGAAGAUGGAUGGUCCUUGAGAGAGGCAGCUGUGGUCUGCAGACAGCUGAACUGUGGCUCUGCUGCUGCUGUUGGGGCAGCACUGAGAGAAGCUGAGAGAGAAGAGAUUGCAUGGGUUAUUCAGACUGACUGUACCGGAUCUGAGUCUGCACUAAGGGAAUGCAAAAUUUAUUAUUUUGAAGAUAUCAAGUUCUUUGCUGAUGUGUUUUGUUCAGACUCUGUAAGGCUUGUGGAUGGAGCUGGACUCUGCUCUGGGAGAGUGGAGGUGAAGUCCCAUCAGUCCUGGACCACAGUAUGUGAGGCUGACUUUGACUGGCAGGAUGCAGAGGUGGUCUGUAAGGAGCUGGGCUGUGAUUCUCCGCUAACUCUGCAGGGGGCGCUCUUUGGAGGAGGGAAACUCCCUUUUGGGACCAAAAAGUUCCAAUGUAAAGGUACAGAGAAUCGUCUCCUUACCUGUCGCACCUCAGCCAGAGAGGAGCACACCUGUACAUUUGGCAAAGCUCUUGGACUCAUCUGUUCAGAACCUGAUGCUGUGAGGCUUUUAGGUGAGAGCAGUCGAUGUGCUGGGACAGUGGAGAUGUUUCAUUAUGGGAAAUGGAGGAAAGUGGGAAAAGAUUUCUGGUCAAUUGCAGCAGCUGCUGUGGUGUGUAGACAGCUGGGCUGUGGUUCUGCUGUUGCAUCUACAGUAAGAGCACCUGAGAGGAAUGAGACCGAAUUGGGUGUUGCAACUGACUGUAUGGAUUCUAAAUCAGAACGGUGGAAAUGUAAAAUCUUCAGUAAUUCUUCUCUAAGGACUGAUGCUGGAGUGAUCUGUUCAGGUAAUUCAGUGCAUGAACGUCUCCUGGAGAAGCCCAACAUCUCUUCCUCUACACCCGGAAGGUUGUCCAGGGGCUGUAACUUCACCAUCACCUGCUCCAUUCAGCCACAGUACCCAGGAGGCUCCUUUUACCUGACACUGCCCUGGAACAACAGAAGCCACACCAAGACAGCUGUCAAUCACUCAGCCUCCUUCCUUUUUUCUGCUACAGAUGAUUCCUUCCAGGGGAACUACAGCUGUGUUUAUGAGAACGAAGUGACCUUUCAGAAUGUAAACUUUGUAGUUGAAGAUCAAUGGAAUUUUGAUGAUUGGUUUCCUGGGCCUUUCAUCCAUAAUUUCUCCUCUGAGAGUGAGCCUCUCUUCCUCUCUGUCACAGGUUUUCCCUCUUCUGCAUUCAUCACCAGAAUGAUGCUGGUGCCAUUUCUUAUGCUGAUGACCUGCUUGACUAUCUUCCUGACCUUCAGAAAGUUUGGCCAUUUCUUCAUUAGAGACACAUUAGGUCAACGACAGGCAGCAGCAGCUGCAGUCCAGUGUGAGAACAUAGAGCUGGUCUUCCUGCAGUCCAAAGCUGAAGAGCAGCAGAAUGUGGAGGGAGGCGAUGCAGAGGAGCUACUCACAGACCUGGAGAAGGAGGAUGAGGAGGAGCAGGACAGGAAAGAAGGGAACUUUAGCCCCAAAACUCUCACUCUUCCCACUCUCACCCUCCCUGCAACCCUCUCCUUUCUACCUCCUGCACCCUCAGCAACAGCUGAGCCCACAAGAGUGAAAGCAGAUAAGAUCUUCACACAUACUGAAGAAGCGCACAUGCAAGCAUGUUCACGCGCUCACAUGUCUCCUGCAGUCACGCAGACACACUCGUCUCAUGCAGACUUACGGAGACACUGGAUUGUAGAUGAUGGAGCUCCAGCCUCCAGCAGCCACGCUAACUGCUGUGAUACUGACGAUGAUCUACUCCACCGCAGUCUUUUUCACUCUGGACUGACCUGUAUGUUCUCAGACUCUGUGAGGCUAGUGGAUGGAGCUGGACUCUGCUCUGGGAGACUGGAGGUGAAGUCCCAUCAGUCCUGGACCACAGUAUGUGAGGCUGGCUUUGACUGGCAGGAUGCAGAGGUGGUCUGUAGGGAGCUGGGCUGUGGGACUCCACUAACUCUACAGGGGGCGCUCUUUGGAGAAGGGAAACUUCCAUUUGGGACCAAAAAGUUCCAGUGUAAAGGCACAGAGAACCAUCUCCUCACCUGUAGCACCUCAGACAGUGAAGAGUACACCUGUCCAUGGAGCAAUGCUGUGGGACUCACCUGUUCAGACCCUAAUGAUGUGAGACUGGUGGAUGGAGGCAGCCGCUGUGCUGGAACAGUGGAGAUAUUUCAUGGUGGAGAGUGGAGAAAAGUGAAAAAAGUUUACUGGGACAUGAAACAGGCUACUGUGGUGUGCAAACAGCUGGACUGUGGCUCUGUUGUUACAGCUACAGGAAGAGAAUCUGGGACAGAUGAAUCUGAAUGGAGUGUUGAAAUUCACUGCCAGUUAUCUGAGCGUGCAGUGAGGGAGUGCUUAAUUUGGAAUGAUUUUCGAAGCAACAUCUAUGCAACAGUUGCGUGUUCAGACUCUGUGAGGCUUGUAGAUGGUCCUGGACUCUGCUCUGGGAGACUGGAGGUGAAGUCCCAUCAGUCCUGGACCACAGUAUGUGAGGCUGAUUUUGACUGGAAGGAUGCAGAGGUGGUCUGUAGGGAGCUGGACUGUGGGACUCCGCUAACUCUACAGGGGGCGCUCUUUGGAGGAGGGAAACUUCCAUUUGGAACCAAAAAGUUUCAAUGUAAUGCCACAGAGGACCGUCUCCUCGCUUGUAGCGUGUCAGACUCAGAGGAGCACACCUACACACACGACAAAGCUGUGGAACUCACCUGUUCAGGGCCUCACUAUGUGAGUCUGGUGGAUGAAAGCAGUCACUGUGCUGGGACAGUGAUGCUUUUUAGCAGGGAAUGGAAGAAAGUGGAAGCAGAUAGAUGGUCCAUGAGAGAGGCUGCUGUGGUGUGCAGGCAGCUGGACUGUGGCUCUGCUGUUGCAGCUACACAGAGAGAGUCUAAGAGAAAUGGGACUGAAUUGAAUUCUGUGGCUGAUUGUGAAGGUUCUGAGUUUGAACUGAGAAAAUGUUCAAUACACUGUGGUUCCUCAGUUGGGUUCGCUGCUGGAGUGAUCUGUUCAGGCCUGCUGGUGCAGCCCAGGAUCUCUUUCUCAUCUCCCACAAGAGUGUCCAGGGGUCGCCAGGGUCCAGAGGUGUUCCAGGGCCACAGCUUCACCAUCACCUGCUUCACUCAUCCACAGUACCCAGGAGGCUCCUUCCACCUCAAACUGCCCCAGAACAACAGAAGCCACACCCAGACAGCUGUCAAUCACUCAGCCUCCUUCCUCUUUCCUGCUGCAGAUGAUUCCCACCAGGGGAACUACAGCUGUGUCUAUGAGAACCAAGUGACCUUUCAGAAUGAAAAGUUUAAAGUUGAGGGUAAUGAUGAUUGGUCUCCUGGUCCUUUCAUCUAUAAUUUCUCCUCUGCGAGUGAGCCUCUGUCCCUCACUGUCACAGAUUCUCCACUGCCUGCCUUCGUCACCAGAAUGCUGUUGGUGCCAAUUCUGAUGCUGAUAACCUGCUUGUCUAUCUUCCUGACCUUCAAGAAGUGGAGUCAUUUGUUCAUUAGAAACACACGUCAGCAGGGGGCAGCAGCAGCUACAGUUCAUGAGAACAUAGAGAUGGUCUCCCUGCAGUCCAGAGCUGAGGAGAAGCAGAAUGUAGACAGAGGAGCUGGAGAGGAGCUGCUCACGGACCUGGAGCAGGAGGAGGAGGAGCAGAACAGGAAUUAGGUUCAUAGUGACAGAUUUAGGGAGUGUGCAGUGGGGAAAAGAGACAAUCUGCUUUUCUUUUAGCCUAGAAAAUACCAGAAGAAGAACACAGCACCUUUUGGAGCUUUGCAAUCUCAGAAAUUGUGUAAUAUGUCUUUGAAACAGUCCCUCAGGAUGAGAACAGAGUUGUCAAGGUGUGUAAGCACCAUUUCUACAAUAUGAA